UUCCCCUGUCUCUCUCUUAUCUGAAGAGCAGACAUCACUAUCCCGUUUCUUGUCGGAUUCAGAAGAUAAAACACCGCCACCAUGGAGAUCGACACUCUUCUCGAAGCCUUGAAAGAUUUUGAAAAGAAGCAGAAGAAAGAAGUCUGUCCAGUGUUGGACCAAUUUCUUUGUCAUGUUGCGAAGACUGGCGAAACUAUGGUCCCAUGGUCCCAGUUUAGGAGCUACUUUCUGUUUAAACUGGAGAAAGUCAUGGAUGACUUUCGGGCUUCUGCACCAGAACAGCGCGGCCCGGCCAAUCCCAACGUGGAAUCCAUCCCAUUCAAAGAAAUGAAGGAGAGGAUAUUGAAGAUUGUGAAUGGAUAUAAUGGAAUCCCUUUCACCAUCCAGCGCUUGUGCGAGCUUCUCACAGAGCCAAAGAGAAAUUACACCGGAACGGAGAAAUUUCUCAGAGGGGUGGAGAAGAAUGUGAUGGUGGUCAGCUGUGUGUACCCUACCUCUGAGAAAAACGGUUGCAGUGGUGUGAACAGGAUGAAUGGUGUAAUGUUGCCUGGAAAUACAUCAGUCUUCACAGAGAGGAAAGUGAAUGGUCCUGGAACUCCUAGACCUCUGAACAGACCAAAGACCUCAAUGUCCAGCUCGCUAGCCACAAACGGUCUCCCUGACAGCACAGAGAACAAAGACCCAAACACAGCAGCGGGACACAGCAAACCUCUCAGUGGUGUGUCGCUAUCGGGUGCGGCGAGUCCGUCGAGCGGUUCGGUGAAAAACAAACAUCAAGAUGAAGAGGAGAGUAUGGAGUCGGAGGAGCAUGAAGUGAAGAGACUCAAAUUUAAUAAAGAGGGAGAUGAGGAAGAGGAGGACGAUGAAGAGGAGGACGAUGACCAGGGAGCGGAGGCACACAGACCGGCACAGGCCGAGAGUUCGUCGGACGCGCCCAAGGAAGUGGAGUCACCGUCAUCCAUGGGUCAGAAUAAGGAGGAAGGCCAUGAGGAAGAGGAAGAUGGUGAACCGGCCAGCACAGGCGCUGUCUGUGAAGAUCAAGAACCCUCCAGCACUCAGUCAGAAUCCCCAUCGGCGGACGGUCGAGAAGAGAGGGCAGAAAGGGAGGUCCCCUGUGCUUCUGACCCCUCUGAGGACGCCAGUGACAUGGACCAGUCAGAGCAGAGGGCGCCAUCUGGAGUGCCCACCAGUCCAGAGCUAAGGGAUGGUGAGGAGAACAGUGACCAGGUCAGCAGUAGCAGUGAAGAAAGUACAGCUAGCGAUGAAGCAGCCCCAGCCCCUUCCGGCAGUAGCGCGGAGGCUCCCACAGAGGGUGCUGUAGAGCAGAGCUCUCAGGACUCUGAAAACACAGAAGAGCCCAUGGAACAAGACUGAACAGUGAACACAGCACAGCCCAACAGCAGACUCCUAUCCAGACAUCUGUGUCCUCAUGUCCUGCCAGAGAGGAACACGCACACACACACACACUCACACACGCGCACACACACACACACACACACACACACAGGGCCUUAGAACAGGCUCUCCAAAUAACACCAUCCACCACCUUUGCGCCUUGGUCGAGUCACUCUCCACCCCACCCGACCCCUUUAAUGGCCAGCUGGCAGUGGUGUGUUUUCCUAUUUCGAAUUGGAGGUUUUUAAACUGGAAGGUUAGUUUUUUUUGUUUUUGUUUUUUUUUUUUACUCUUGGUUUUUCUGAGUUCCCAUUGGUGUUGGUCUCAAAUUCUUCGUUCUUUUGGCCUUUCUCACGUUUCUUUGGCCGUUUCGAUGGUGUUCUCGGAGGGAACGGAUGGUGUUUCUACGUCUUGUUCCUUUGAGAUGUUUUCAGUUUUCAAAAGCUAGUCUAAAGAGUGCACAGAGAUGCUGGGAUUGGCAGAAGAGCCACCCAGUGGUUGACAGAGCACACCAACUUGGUGCACAUCCAUUUAAUGGAAAAUAUUGACAUUGUGAUGUCAUAGAGGUCUUCCUCAGAAUGACUCUUCAUCUGCGUCUAAGUCUGUGAAGCUGAGUGUGUUCCAUCAGUCACUGGGUGGCCUUCAGAAGUUCCCAUGAACCACAUCUCGUCUUGUAGUCCAGACUGGAAGCAUCCCCCCUAGUUCAUUCUAAAACUGGCAUGGUGGAAACACUGAGGUUCACUUCAGUUUUAGUUCAAAGGGCUUUUGGAUUUGACCUCUGUCUGCAGUUUUGUGAGGUUUUUCUUUCUUUCUUUCUUUCUUCUUCUUCUUCUUCUUCCUCUUCUUUUUUUUUCGGGGUUUCUCAAACACAUAGCUUAGAGCUUAGAGCAGCGAAGCCAGCGUUCACUCUGCUAAUGCUGUCAGUCCAAAGACCGUAUCGUCGAUCGGAAAAAGUUCCCACAGGCACAGAAAAGCCAUAGGUACCAGCUCAGUAUCAGUCUCCCUCUGAAGUGGCAGUUUGACUGGUCAGGACAAAGAGAGGGGGGGGGGUGGGGGGUGGGGGGUUUGGAAAUGUCCUUUUUCGGUCAUGAUGUGUGAAUCUUUUUUUUUUUUCCUUUCUUUUCUUUUGGACCAUCUUGAGCAACGUUAUAAACACCCCCCCCCCCCAACCCAUCCACCCACCCACCUUUAUUCCUCCUCUCUUCUGGUCUCUCGUUCUUUUCUUCGUAUGUGUCAGACAUCACUACUAUUAAACACUGUUGACUGCUUUGAAGGAGGUUUUUUUUCUUUUUUUUUUUUUGGUUUUAAAAUAUAAGGUACCUUUUACUUGAUGGAAGAGUCAAAUAUGAAAAAGAUCAUUUCGAGUUCACUGAUUCACCAAUAAUUUAUAUGAGCAUUUCAACGUAACCUAUUUUUGAAAACUUUUUUUUUUGGUUGGCAGCCAGUGAUUGAUUAUUGAUAACUUGGACAUCACAGCUGACCCGGUGCAGACGGAAGCCUGACAGCGGAGACAAAUACCAAGUUAUUUCACUGACGUCUGGGUUGAUUUCUGGCUGCUAACUCUGCAAACUGUUUCUGCAGCUGUACUUUUUUGAUAUUUAGAAUUUUUAAAUUUCUGUAGAGGUUUUUUGUUUGUUUGUU